GUCUAUCAUAUCAUCCACCAUGAAGUGCAACUUUCAGCGAAGAAUCGUUCCAAAACCUAAACAGACUGCUCUCGAGUUUGGGCAUGGACACUGUCAAAGUGGCGAGGAAAGGCUGCGGCAAUUGUCGAGAACGUAAGAUUCGUUGUGAUCGAAACACACCAGCAUGCCUGCAGUGCAUUCGUACAAACCGAGUGUGCAAAGGCUAUGGACUUCGAUUGUCGUGGCCACGCCCAAACGACAAGCGAAGGGCCAUGGUCGCAAACCACCUCCAGCUGCAUCUCAAACUUCCCAAUAUGGAGAAGAGCGCUAUGGAUGCACGCCUCAUCCACGCGUAUGCGUCGGAUGUGGCGCUGCACUAUCAUCUAUCUGCUUCUUUACCAGCCCAACCUGGAAGACUGCACAUACCCGUGCCAUUCGGUUCCACCAUGCUGGGAGCCGUGACCUCUGAAGACCGUGACUUGUUGUUAUAUUUUGAGCGCCACGCAUCACGAUCGCUGCCACUCCUCGGGGACGACCCUUCCCAAGUUGGGACGCUUCUCAUCCGCAUGGCCCUGACGGGAAAUACGCCAUCCGCAACGGCCGUGCUGUACGCCCUCCUGGCCGUAUCCUCACUUCACCAAAAUGGCAUCCAAGAACAAGCCAUCAAAUACAAAAUCUCCGCCCUGAACAAGCUAGCCCUCGCAUCCCGCACCAAAUUCGGCGUUCCAGAACUGCUCCAACACAUCGCCGCCGGGAUGCUUCUCGGUUCGUUCGAGGUACACCAAGCGUCCUCCACCUCCGGCCAGUGGCUCUGCUACGUAAACGGUGUGAAGAAAGUGCUCGACGUAGUCUGCCCAACACGCUACCACACGGUCCGCGAUGAAGAAAAGUCCGUUCUACUCAAGUGGGUUCAUUACCACGACGUUCUAGCACGCUUCGCUCUGCGCCACUGGACCGCCGCCGAACAGCCCAUUUGCACCGGAUCAGAAGCAGAGGCCAACGGCAGCUGGAAUUUACCCAUCACUUUGGCGGAGGCGGCCGGCCACUUUGAUCGUCCUACGGGAAUCGCUACUCUGAGUGUACUGGAGAUUCUGCGCGAGGUGUGCGAUGCAGUCCCAGUCGUCCAGCGUUUGGCCGUUAUGACGGUGGGCGAGCGCGAUGAUUAUGUACGGCAUCUGCAGGCGCUUGACUGGCGGCUCCGAAACAUCGAUACUGGCGACCAAUCGCAAUCCGCGGAGUUGAGGGACAUGGUGAACCUUUACCGGCUAGCCGUGCUGAUUUACUUGCACCGCGCGACGGAGGACGUCCUCGGGUUUACCGCAACCACCGAAAAGUAUCUCGAUGAAGCCUUUGAAAUAUUUGCUCGUUUGGAAGCCUGCGAGCGGCAGUUUCCGCUUUUCAUUCUGGGCGCCGAGGCGAGGACCGAGGAGGAGCGUGCUGUUGUUCUGGAAUUGAUGAGCAGGACGGAAGGGCGUCGCUCGUCGCGCCUGCUCACGUAUGUUAGGGCGCUUGUGAAUGCGGUUUGGACGCAGCAAGAUCUUUCUGGUGGGGCGUUAAACUAUAGGGAAAAGAUAACGGCGGUUAUUAGUGCUUGCUCUAUUGUGCCGAGUCUAGUGUAAGUUAGCAGCCUAAUAGAUAGAUUUAGGAAUCCCUGAAUAGGCUGGUUUUAGGUAGGAUCUUUAUUAAAGCAUAAAAACGCCUUAGAAUUGUGCUUAACAGGGUCCCUAGCUAGAAAUUUGUUGCUACACGCUACCUUAGGACCUAACAAUAAUUACCU